AUGAGCUCAGAAUAAAGAGUCAAAUUAUUGCAUUAGCAGUUUGAAGCCUAUAAAGAAAUGAAUGAGUAAGUUACUAAUCCUAUUGAAUCUCUCCAGCAUUACAGACAACUAAGUACAAUAGACAAAGCCAAAUAUGUUGAAAUAUUCUAUGGACGUAAUUCAAAAUAUAUAUAAAACCUAUUCGAUAUUGUGAAUAAAAACCUAGAUGCGUUUAUGCUUCAUCACCUUGAAGAACUUGCAUCAUUUGCUAUGGAUGGCUUCGAUCCAGCAGUUUGUGUAAGAUUUGGAGUCCAUUUCUCACUCUAUAUCAAAACUAUUCUCAAUUUAGGAACAGAAAACCACAAACAAUAUUUCGAAAAUGCUUAAACGCUAACAGAUAUUGGUAGUUUCAGUCUUACUGAAUUGGGACAUGGCUCAAAUGUAAGAUAAGUCUAAACUACUGCAAAAUAUGAUAAAGAUACAUAAACAUUUAUUAUCAAUACUCCCACAGAUUUAGCCACAAAAUUUUGGAUUGGAUCCAAAGCCAACUUAGCUAAUAUGACUGUAGUAUUUGCUUAACUCUAUAUUGAUGGAAAAUAAUAUGGAGUUCAUGCAUUUCUAGUUGAAAUUAGAGAUAAAACCAAUCACAAUGUUAAAAGUGGAAUUACAAUUGAAGAUUUCGGUCCCAAAAAUGGAUUGAAUGGAAUAGAAAAUGGAAUCUUAAUCUUCAAAAAUGUUAGAGUUCCUAUAGCAAAUAUGUUAGAUAGAUUUGCCAUAGUUACACCUUCAGGAGAAUUCAAACCUUCUAUUGAAGACCCAGACAAAAGAUUUGCAGUUCAAUUAGCAUCAUUAUUAGGGGGUAGAGGCACAUUAAUUUAUUAUGGACCUAUUACAUCUUUAAAUGCACUAGAUAUUGGAAUAAGAUAUGCUGCUAUAAGGAAAUAGGUUGGAUUAUCAGGAGAGAAGGAAUAAAGCAUUCUUGAAUAUCCUCUUACCUAACUCAGAUUAAUUGUUCCUUUGGCAUCUACUCUAGUAUAUAUGAUUGCUGCUAAGGCUAUAAAUAAUCUCUGGGAUACCACUUAGAACAAUGUUUUCAAUCCAAACAAAAUGGCUGAAAUUCAUGCUCUAUCAAGUGUAUUGAAGGGAAAAUUUGCUACAUUUUCGAAUAAGGUCAUCUUAGAGUGUAGAUACAUCCUAAGGGGUAGUCAAGGCUAACAUCCAUUUAAUAAAUUAGGAGUUAUGUUGCAUGAUUAAGAUAUUAAUAAUAUAUGGGAAGGAGACGCUAAUGUAUUUAUGCAACAGACUUUGAAAUUCUGCAUGGAUUAAAAGAAUAAGUUUAUAAACAAUCAAUAACCCAUUUAAUAUCCUUCACUCAAAUUCCUUUAGACUUUCAAAAUCAGACCAAUCAAAUUUGCAAAGGAUGAGGAUUACUUCUGUCCUAAAAAUAUUCAGUACCUAUUGGAAUAUAAAUUUGACAAAUAAUUAAAUAAUUUCAUAUAGGAUUUGACAGCGAACUUAAGCAAUUAUGACAUGUUGAAAUCUUGGAAUCCAUCUUUUGCAUUCAAAGGGUAAUAAAUCUCUAAUUCUUAUGCUGACUUAUAUUGUUUCCAAAAAUGGCAAGAACUUAAUAUUAAAAAUGAUUCAGUCUUAGAAAGAGCAUUUCAAAUUUGGUGUUUGACUAUCUUUGAAAAUGAACAAGAAUUUUAUAAAAAUAAUGGUAAAUUCAUAUUGUAAAAUUUUAGAAUUUAAUAUUUCUGAAGCAGCCGUUAAGAGAUUGUUAAUGAAACUUAGCAACUAAUUUAAGGAUGAAGCCAUAGGUAUCAUUGAUGCAUUAGUUCCUCCUGAUGAAGUCUUAGGUUCAAUUUUUGGAUCCUAAGAUGGAGACAUUUAUAACAAGUUUAUGUAAAAAAUAUGCAAUGGAAAGAACACUUUCUGA